AACUUGGCGCGAUAUAACCUUCCCGCCACAAACUCCCACCAAAAUCAGCAUCUAUAAAACUAUAAACCCUCUAUCCAUCGUUACUCACACAUUCAACUCUCAUUUCUAAACCCUAGCCGCCACAAAAUCACCCAAUUUCCUUUACCAGUUCUCAGUUCAAUUCAAGCAAUGGUGGUAGCUUUAGGCCCGGGAAAGUUCUACGGAAGCAGCCUCCCGAGACCACGGAUUUACACAGACGUCAAGUUCAACUCGUUCCGAGUCGACCCGCCAGUCCCUGUUACUGACCCGUUCAUGUCGUGGGCGGAAGAAGCUCACUGGUCAAUGGGCGGUUUGAGCCUCCAGCGUCACCGUCUUCAAGGACGCAUUGAAGGAUCUGUUGAGAAGCUUCGAAAUCAGAUUGAAAAAUCGAUUAAAGCAAAAGAAUCUCUUAGCCCUAGGGUUCUGAAAAGAAAGUUUGUUACAAAACCGGUUGAGGAAGAAUCCGGUAAAACUACGAAAUCGGUUGAGAAGAAGAAGAAGAAGAAUGUGAACGGUGGAAGCCCGUCGCCGCCGCCGGCUCCGAUGGCUAAUAAGAGGAGGAGGUAUGUGGGUUUGAUUGAUGAGGAAGAAGAAGUUGAAGGGACGCCGGCGGUUAGGAAGUGGCCGGUGAGGAAGCUUUCUGAUGAGUUUGAUCUUGUUAGUAAGAAAAGUCCGGCGAGGAGGUCUGGAAGUGUGGAGGUGGAGAUGGAAACGGUUGCUUCAAGGACUCGGGGUAAGAAGACGGUAAGUGAAGAAGCUGCGAAGACUGUUUCUAAGGGUAAGAAGCGGUUGAGGAAGAUUGGAGAAGACAACAAUGGCGGUGGUGCUUCUCCUAGACUGGUAAAGGGUCGGUGAAUUUGUGUAGUUAAGGUGUUCGAUGAAAUGUCUGAGUGGGCUAGUUUGUAAAACUUGAUGGAAAUGUGUGUUGACUACAUGCUUAAUUUAGCUCAACUUAUAAAAUUUGAUGACAUGUUUAGUUUUU